AGCAGAGGAAAGGAGGACGGAAGGACGUCACCACGCUGUUGUAGAGCACGCACGUAACGUCAUCAGGCAUUAGUAGACGAGCCACGCAAGGAUAAGAUGUCGUCGAUAAAGCACAAAUACUCAAGACGUUCUCCUUUUUACUGACUCUGCCCCGUCACGUGAACACGGCACCAGACUCGAUCAGCCGCUCGUCGGGUUUUGUUUCCAAUGACAUUCUCCUGCGGACUGAAGUCAUGGCGCUGCUCAAACAAAGUUGCUGCGUCGCUGGUCGUUUCUCCUCAAACCAGCGGUGGCUGAGUCCCAGAUGUUUCCCACAUGUGUACACCAGCAGUGUGACCACUGUGGCCAGAUCCUCUCCAGCCAGGACCGACACGAAGAAGGAGCCUCUCAGUGACGAUGGGCCGGAUCUGCAGGACUUCAUCUCAGGAGACCUGUCGGAUAAAGACAAGUGGGAGGAGUACAGAGGCAACCUGAAGAGACAGAAGGGAGAGAGGUUACGUCUUCCCCCGUGGCUCAAGACAGAGAUCCCCAUUGGAAAGAACUUCAACAAGCUGAAGAACACGCUGAGAGACCUCAACCUGCACACAGUGUGUGAGGAGGCCAGGUGUCCAAACAUUGGGGAAUGCUGGGGAGGAGGAGAGUACGCCACCGCCACAGCCACCAUCAUGCUGAUGGGAGACACAUGCACCCGCGGCUGCAGGUUCUGCUCGGUAAAGACGGCCCGGCGCCCUCCGCCUCUGGACCAAGACGAGCCCUACAAUACGGCCAAGGCCAUCGCCGCCUGGGGGCUGGACUACGUGGUUCUCACCUCAGUGGACAGAGAUGAUAUCGCUGAUGGUGGAGCAGAGCACUUUGCUAGGACAGUUUCUAACCUGAAGGAAAGAAAUUCUCGGAUCCUGGUUGAAUGUCUGACCCCUGAUUUCCGCGGCGACCUCGCAGCAGUGGAGAAGAUCGCCCUGUCAGGUUUAGACGUGUACGCUCACAAUGUGGAGACCGUGCGUGAGCUGCAAAGACACGUGCGUGACCCCAGAGCGAACUUUGACCAAUCCCUGAGCGUUCUGAAACAUGCCAAGAAGGUCAAACGCACUGUGCUCACCAAGACCUCCAUCAUGCUGGGACUGGGGGAGACAGACAAACAGAUACAGGACACGUUGACCGAGCUGCGAGAGGCAGAGGUGGACUGUCUAACACUCGGCCAGUACAUGCAGCCCACAAAACGCCACCUAAAGGUGGAAGAAUACGUCACUCCAGAGAGGUUUGCCCACUGGGAGAAAGUUGGGACUGAGAUGGGCUUUAUGUACACAGCCAGCGGACCCCUGGUGCGAUCCUCAUACAAAGCAGGCGAGUUCUUCCUGAAGAAUCUACUGGAGAAGAGAAAAGCAGAGAUGACUGUAGCAGAAUGAAAAGCACAGAACUACAGACUGUUCUGCAUAUUACUCAAACCUCGUCUUUACCUUUAAUCACCCACAAUUACAGAAUAUGCUUUACUAGCAGGACCACAAUGCAUUGUUGUUAGUCAUAGUUAGUCUUAAUGACUUGUAACAAGUUGAAUAAGGAAACAGAAGGGAUGUUAACAUUCUGUUACUUUUCAAUACGCUUCACUGUCCUUUACUGCUCCUCUGUGACGACCCACAGUUCAAUGUAGGAGGAGAUCAAAGUGUAUAAGGAGCAGUAGGAGGCCUGCAGACAUGUAGAUAACCAGGGCGCAGACUCUGCCCACGUCAGCCCGACAGGAGAAAAUACAACCUGCUGUGAUCAGCAGCUGUAAUUUGCCAUGUUCUGCAUGUCAGGGGCCCGUAAAUCACAUCCAGCCUCAGCUUCCCCCCCCCUCGGGCCCUGGACUCCAGGUAGAGAGCCACUGACCUUUGACAGCGAGCUCAGUUUACGAGCACUUUGAUGUUAACCUGGUUUCAGGAAUUUCAUUUAAUUUAAUUAAGCAACAAGGUUUUUGAUCCGAGGUUACUCACAUCAAGUGAAAUUACAUUUGCUACUCAAACAAAUCUCUGCCAACAAGGAAUUCUUGUAUUAAUUUGGUCUUAAGCCGCUUUUUCUAAUGUGAUAAAAGUUCAAUUUCACACCGAGACAAGAAAGAUUUUUAUUUCACCCACUGGUUGUUUAAAUAAAAUAAAUGAAUUAUUAUAA